AUGCAACAAGAAGUUGAAAAGCCAUUCCGGGGGCCCCAAUCGCAAUUCCAGCAGGGCCACCAAAUCCCUGUUGAGCAUCACAGAAAGCCUGGCAUACAGGCUGAUAUGGAGAAUCCAAAGCCCACAUCAAGCGAAGUACCAACUGAAGAUGGUGGAUAUCAGACCUACAAGGCUGCCGGCAAGCUUUCAGGGAAGAAAGCAAUCAUCACUGGUGGCGAUUCUGGAAUUGGUCGCGCUGUCGCAAUUCUUUUUGCCAUGGAAGGAGCGUCUAGCCUCAUCACGUACCUUCCGGAAGAGGAAAAAGAUGCACUUGAGACCAAGCGACGCGUUGAUGAAAUCGGACAGACUUGUCAUUGCUUAGCCGUUGACCUUCGCGAGAAGAAGAACUGCAUGAAAGUGGUAGACACAGCGAUCGAGGCCUUGGGUAGUAUUGAUAUCCUUGUCAAUAAUGCUGGGACUCAAACAAUGAUCGAUGACAUCAAGCAUCUUGAAGAGUCUCAAUGGGCGAGCACAUUCGACACAAACAUUCAUCCUAUAUUUUAUCUAUCGAAGUAUACGCUGCCUCACAUGAUGAGUGGCUCAACGAUAAUCAAUUGUGCUUCCGUCAAUCCCUACGUUGGUCGACCCGAUUUGCUGGACUAUACUUCAACCAAAGGGGCGAUUGUUGCUUUCACGAGAGCAUUAUCCAACCAGCAGGUUAAGAAUGGCAUCCGCGUGAACUGCGUUUGCCCUGGGCCAAUUUGGACCCCUUUAAUCCCGGCCACUAUGACUACCUCCGCAGAAGAGCAAUUCAGUGGCACUCCAAUGGGUCGUCCGGGACAACCCAGUGAGGUCGCUACUUGUUUUGUUUUCCUUGCAAGCCAAGACAGUAGCUUCAUCUCCGGUCAAUGUCUACAUCCAAACGGAGGAGUUGUGGUUAAUGGUUAA